UGUGGGAGGUUAGUACGCUACAUGAAUAAUAUGUUCCGUCAAUGUCAUGCGCUUUAGCGCUCGCGAAAAAGCGUUUUCGCUGACGGCCUGCGGGUGUGUGCCGACCACGUGAUUUUGACAGACGAAAAGCCGGUCUUUUCCAUUUGUUGUGAAGCGCUGUGAGAGUGAUUCUUCCCCGAUAAGGCUAUAAACGACGAUGUUUUGAGCGAUGUCCGAGUCCGUGUGAGAUCAAAGGAGCUUGCAUCAAGGGUGUCAAUUAAAUAUUACUAGGGCAAUCUACGUUCAAGAUGGAGUGUGCUCGAUUACAUUCCUUCUUACCACGUCGAUUGACUUUUGAGUACAUAUGGCUAGCACUUGUAAUAAGUUUGACGACGUGUACAGCCAAUGACGGCCUUUUUGGAUCAAAAUAUCCGAAUGAUAUCCCGGAAUACGACUUGCUGCACGCGAUCGGAGUUCCUUUCAGCAAUCCAAAGACCCAGUACUUCGACGAAGGCCUCGACGGGUUCCCGGCGUAUGGACUUAAGCCUGGCUCCGAUAUUAAAUCACCCUACAGGCUGUUCAUGCCCGAGAAACUGUAUGCGGAAUUUUCAAUAACCGCCACUGUGAGGCCGGCGAACAAAGAUGGCGGGUUUCUCUUCUCUGUAGUCAAUCCAUUAGAAACUGUGGUCCAAUUGGGCGUUCAAUUAAUACCUUCUGGCCCCGGACUGACCAACAUCUCUCUUCUAUACACCGAUGCGAAUAUAUACGCCCUAAGUCAAACUAUUGCAUCCUUUGUCGUCCCGUCAUUUUCUAAGAAAUGGAGUCGAUUUGCGUUAAAGGUCACAAGUGAUAAUGUGACUUUGUUUCUGAAUUGUCAUGAGUUCGAUACAUUAACAGUGAAGAGGAACCCGCAAGAAUUGGUCUUUGACUCGGCAUCGACGUUGUAUGUGGGCCAAGCUGGACCACUGAUUCGAGGUGCUUUUCAUGGUGCUUUUCAAGAGUUGAAGUUGUACGGGUCGCCUUCUCAAGCUGAGGUGCAAUGUGUGAAUACCUAUGAGGAAGUAAUCCAAGGCGGCGAUAACGAAGAGAUUGAUAUUGACAAUUUUUUGGUGGACCAAGAAGAAGGUGACUCUGAAGGCUCGGGAAGGUAUGGGACCAUACCUCCCUUCCCUCCUCCGCCACCCGGCCUGGAUGGAUACCCGCUGCGGCUUAGAGGUGAAAAAGGAGAACGGGGACCAAGGGGUCCACCGGGAGAGUCGAUACGGGGGCCUCCCGGACCGCCAGGCCCACCAGGGGCUCCAGGCCAACCAGGCACCACGGCUCUUGCAGAAAUGUCAGGAUCUGGUGAUGAUAGGAAUGUGGUAAAGCAAAUCUUCGGUGAGAACUACUCAUCGGGUGGUCAGUGCAGCUGCAACUCUAGCGUCAUACUAUCACUACUCCAGACCCAUCCAGAGCUACAAGGUCCACCUGGACCACCGGGCAUGGUUGGAGCUGAUGGCCGAACUGGGGCACCAGGUAUCGCUGGUCAGCCAGGAAUGCCUGGAGAGCGUGGACCUAUGGGGCUGAGAGGUGAAACAGGUGACCGAGGAGAUGAUGGCCCUCGAGGACCGGAAGGUCACUCUGGUCCCAAAGGUGAACCGGGUGUUGAUGGACGACCAGGCAGUACUGGUCCUCCCGGGCCCCCCGGACCUCCAGGAACAUCUGAUUAUAGUAAUUUUGAGUCGAAUUGGAAGCCAAGACAAAUAUACAAGGAAUCAUUAUUGGGAUCCUACGGUGGUGCUAUUGGAAGACCAGGGGCUCCAGGACCUAAGGGUGACGCAGGCCAACCAGGACCCAUCGGGUUACAAGGAGAGAGAGGAUUCCCUGGCCAAAAGGGGGAGAGAGGUUAUCUAGGCCAAACCGGACCUAAAGGAGACCGUGGUUAUACGGGGACCAAAGGUGACCGAGGAAUAAAAGGCGAUCGUGGUACUCCAGGAUUGGAUGGCCGACCUGGUCUUCCAGGAGCCAAUGGACGAUUCGGCGAGAAAGGGGAAAAGGGUGAACAAGGAAUACCCGGUCCACCAGGCCCUCCAGCUUUGCCAGUAGGCGUCCUCGCUUCAGAAGAAUCAGAGUUCCUAUCAGCUGGUCGACUACAAGUGACCAAAGGCGAUAAGGGCGAAAAGGGCGAAAAAGGAAGCAACGGCAACGAUGGUACUCCAGGAUUUCCUGGUAAAGAUGGAAAGAAUGGUGAACGUGGUGAUAUUGGACCUUCGGGAAUGCCCGGUAUCGCAGGACCGCCUGGUUCACCAGGCUUGAAAGGAGACAGAGGUGAACGUGGCCCUCCCGGUCCUGUCAGUAUCACAUCAGCUACCGGCUCUGAUAUUAUGACUAUCAAGGGCGAAAAAGGAGAACCUGGCUUAAGAGGUAGAAGAGGAAGGCCAGGUCCACCAGGUCCACGUGGACCACAGGGUCUGCAGGGUAUACCUGGUAAACCUGGUGAGAAAGGUGAUAUUGGCUUGCCCGGAUGGGUGAAUAUGAAGGGUCGACCUGGAACAUUAGGACCUCCUGGAGUUCCAGGACUCAUAGGACCGAAAGGCGAAAAAGGCGAUCCAGGAAUAAACAUUCUAGAUGCUUCUAUGUUCAAAGGUGAAAAGGGAGAUCGAGGCUACGAUGGAACGCCUGGUCCAAAAGGGGCCCAGGGUCCACCAGGUCCCGUUGGACCACCUGGCCCUAAAUCUGAUCCAGUCCAGUUUGUACCCGGGCCACCUGGACCUCCUGGUCCUCCAGGACCACCAGGAACUCCUGGAAUAUCAAUCGUCGGACCGAAAGGUGAACCCGGCGUCAGCUUCGUUGAAGAAUAUCCGGUACAUGGAAGUACAAAGUUCUAUGGCAAACCAGUUGUAAAAAGUCCUUUAGACCAACUGAAAGAAAAGGCUCUGAAAGAAUUACAUGAUCUGAAAGAUAGAAAUAAAGAAAAUCCACCUUCAUCCAGUUCGGAGUCCAGAGCUCAUCAUGAUGAAUCGAACAGUAAUAAAAAUGUAUUAGGUGCUGCAGUAUUCCCUACGACUUCAGAUUUGAUGAAGCUAGCCUCAACAAGUCCUGUGGGUGCACUUGCGUAUGUCGUAGAAGAACAGGCUUUAUUCGUCAAAGUCAACUCAGGCUGGCAGUAUGUUAUGCUGGGAUCACUGGUCACUCAAAACAUACCAGUAACCGCUGCCCCGACUCCAGCUACCCCGCCGAUGCCCGCAGCCAGUCUGGUGCAUAUGCCACCAAUAUCGAACAUGAUCGACAACUCCAUACCAAUGGGACCAAGCCUUCGUCUGAUAGCUCUAAACGAGCCGCUAUCGGGCAACAUGCACGGCGUACGUCGAGCGGACUAUGCUUGCUACAGACAAGCGCGGCGAGCUGGAUUGAAAGGAACAUUCAGGGCUUUCCUUACUAGCAGAAUUCAAAACCUCGAUGCAACUGUUAGAUAUGCGGAUAGACACUUGCCUGUCAUAAAUAUACAAGGUGAUACUCUCUUCAAAUCGUUCUCAGACAUAUUCGACGGCAACGGUGGAACCAUGGUGGGACCUUUAAGAAUUUACAGUUUCAGUGGAAAAAAUAUUAUGAUGGACUCAAAUUGGCCUCAAAAGUUAAUCUGGCACGGCUCGCAUGCAAGCGGUGAGAGAGCGCUCGACACCUUUUGCGAAGAGUGGCAAAAUGGGGACCCAACGAGUAGGGGCAUGGCUGCCUCGCUUUACUCCCAUAAGCUGCUCUCGCAAGAGAGGUACCCGUGCAACAACCAUUUCGCAGUGCUAUGCAUAGAAGCCACAUCACACAUGAAAGAAAUACGUUAAGGUAUAAUUUAACAUCUGAUCUAGAUGAAGAAGACUACUUAUACAACGCGGAGGAAUACCAACAACUACUCAACGAUAUAUUUGCUCAACCUUUUAGGGAAAAUUAAGAUUACCUUUUCCUAUUGUAAUUUAAUUUAUUAACCAAUGUAACAAAAAUGCCUCCAUACUUUUAGUUACCACAACUGAGAAAUACUUACGAGUAUAAACUAUGCAUAAUGUCAAAGGUGUUUGAAGUAUGAUAAACCGCACUUGACCAGCGUGGUAGUUUUUGGCCAAUCCUUCACAUUUUGAGACGAGAUCCUUGCACAGUAGUGAGCCGGCAAGGGGUUAAUGGAGAUGGAAUAUGCUAUUCAUUAAACGCUGUUUUAUUCUACAGAAGCGGCAAAUUCACAAAUUUGCGGCACGGCUUUUCCGAUAGGGAGGUAACUAGCCACGACCAGAGCCUCCCACCAGACCAGACCAGGAAAAUCUGAAAAUUAUAAAAUACCAAUUUUCCUCUGCCGGGAA